AACAACAUGGCGGCGGCUAAAAAAUCUCUGAGCCUGGGGCAGCAAAUUUUGCGAGAAGAACUGUCCUGCAGCAUCUGCCUGGAGCUGUUCACCAGGCCCAAGGUGCUGCCCUGUCAGCACACCUUCUGUCAGGACUGUCUUCAGGUGUACUUUGAGCAGUCUCAAAAACCAUUCAAGUGUCCAAGCUGCCACCUUGAGGUGAGACUUCCACCUGAAGGAGUGACAGGUCUACCCGAGAACCACUCUGUCGCAAAACUCUGCGAAAAGCUUCAGAAAACUGCUGCCAAACCAGCCAAAACUGCGCCCAAGUGUAGCUCACACCCUUCAGAAGCUCCCAAGCUGUACUGUACCCAGUGCGAUGUACCUAUUUGCUAUAUUUGCUUGGAGCAAACACACGCCAACCACAGCACAACAACAAUCCAGAAAGCCAGCAAGGAACGCAAACCGGAGGCGGAAAAACUUCUAGCAGAGGGGAAAGAAAUCUUAGGGAACUACUACACCACUCUUAGAGACCUCCGUGAACAGGAGAAACGUUUACUUGAACAGAAGAAGGAGAGGGAACGAAGAAUUAUCGAAGCUUACGAACGAACAAUGAAGGAAUUCGAACAGACGGCGAACCGCUUGCGACAACGCAUGCAAGAGAAACACGACGAAAACACGGAAGAGAGGGAACGACAGAUGGAACGCUUAGAGCAUGAUUUUCGCGAGUUGACCGCUGCCUGUGACCAGGCAGAACUCGACAUGGCGCAACCGGUGGGAAUCUUUCUUCAGCGUGAAGACCGUUUAACCGAAGUGAUCGAGAAACACCGGAGAGCGCUGCCACUUCCCCAGCUUCGUACUCAAGUCAUCGAUUUUCACCCGAGGGACCCGGACAAGAUGCCUGCACCGUUACUGGGACAAGUAGUCGUGGUCGAUACUACAGUGGAUGGUUCAAAGGGCAAAGGUGAUCACCAUGGAAACCAAGGGCAAGGUCAGGAGCAGGCAGAUACACGGUGACUUUAACAGAGACUAGCACAGACUAGCUAGCCCCCUGAAGUUAACUAAUCUGAGUACUUGGAUAUGCAAGGAGUUGUCCAAAAUGUUCGCGCAUACACAGAAACCCCUUUAGUCACUGCCAAUUAAAUGUAGCGCAUUUGUACAGAUACUAGAAUUCACUAGAAUUCAUAAGUCCCAGUUACUGACAAAAGGUAGUGGAUGCUACCUGAAACAUCUGCUUUAAAAAUCUAUCCAGGCAAAUAAGUUCUAUUCACUUAAAUGAACUGUUACUGUAACUGUUACAUAUCUAGUUGAUUUGUGCUAAACUAAAGUAAAUGAAAAGUU